AUGUGGGACGACGAGGACAACAAUCCGUAUGGAUCCUUUGCCCGCCAUGACUCCAACACGUCCGAUAUUCCCGGGCUAGCGUCGCCCGCUGCCCUGCCGUACCGCCCCGCGACGCCGCCCUCGGAGGCGUCGUCGCCCGCACAAGAGUCGCCCGAGUAUGUCUCUCAGCGCGACAUGAGCGACGUCGACUACAACGAGCAGGACCAAGACCACGCAGACCCAAAGGCGCCUAAGAAGGGCGGGUACGAUGCGCGCGUGGAACAAUGGCUGUACGAGCACCCCGAGCAACUCGUCUUGAUCACGAGCGCGGGCAAGGACGGUGUGAACUACAUCCAGUACACCAUCAACUGCGGUGGCCUCGAAGUCAAGCGCCGAUACUCUGAAUUUGCAUCCCUGCGCGCCGAACUGGUCAGACUUCACCCCACGCUCAUCGUACCUCCCAUCCCCGAGAAGCAUACCAUGGCCGACUACGCCGCCAAGCCGACAAAGGCGAAGGAGGAUGCCGGCAUAAUAGAGCUGCGGAAGCGCAUGCUGGCUGUCUUCCUUAACAGGUGUAGGAAGAUGCAGGAUAUACUACAAGAUGGCGUCUUCUGGCGGUUCCUCGAUCCCUACACAAGUUGGGCAGACGUACUCAACAGCCCGCCUGUUUCCAAUAUCCCCAAACAGAUCCUCAAAGCACCUCCACUCGAUGCCGCGAACCCUUCCCAAGCCCACAGCUACCUUCCAGUCCCCUCGUCUUCCGCCAAAUUGAAGUCGGGCGGUACCAUAUCUAGCUCGGGUACUCCUGUCUCACCAGCCAACAACGCAGCCCUACCUUCAGCAGCCGCGCAUACGACACCGGGUCCUGCCAUUUUCGGUCGUUUCCCUCCUGAGACGCGCAAUAUGUCGGAAGAGGAGUUGGAUCCAUACUUUGUUAGCUUCGAGAACUCGUCCAAAGACCUAGAACACCUGCUGCAAGGACCAAUGGAGAAGGUCAACAGACGACUGCUCAUGCACCUGGGCAAUUGGGGAGAGGACAUGGCAGAUCUUGGCGCUCGAUUCAAUGCCUUUUCGCUAUCUGAACAGACGCAGUCUCUCGCUGCAGCCAUUGAAAAGACGGGACAAGCUGUCGACUCUACGUACAUUGCGACGACCGAACUCUCUUCGUCUCUCAGCGCAGGCUUCUCGGAGCCUAUGCGUGAGAGCGCGCAAUUUGCCGGCAUCGUACGUUCUACCUUGAGAUAUCGAGUGCUCAAGCGGAUACAGGAGGACAUGACAAAGGACGAACUUGAGAAGAAGCGCAAUCUACUCGAAUCCCUCGAACGCAGUGAAGCAGAGUCGAAACGAUUAGAACAACAUCUGAGUGGCGUCGGCCAUCAACCUGCCCGAAGUCGCGCUGCUUCCAACAGCUCACACCGAAGCAUCGGCGAGGCGGAGCAACCACGUAGAUCGGACGAGGAUAGGGCGUCGAUUGAUUCCGACUUCCCACCUACACAUGGCGACACACCAUCCAGCGCACAGGGCGCACCUGAUAAUCAGUCACCGCCUAGUAGCCCGCACAAGAAGACUGCAAGUGGGAAUUUCGUCACCAACAAGCUGUUUGGGUCCAUUACACAUGCUUUCAGGGGUAUGGCAGACGUAGAUCCUGAAAAGACUCGAAGAGAUCAGAUCGGCAAGACACGGGAUAGUAUGGUACAGCUCGAACAAGCGCUGACUGUGGCCGAGAAAGACACCAAAGACGCAAGUGCGGGUGUGAUGAAGGACCUGCGACGAUUCCAGAGCGAAAAGGAGGACGAUUUACGGCGUUACAUGAUGGAGUUCGCUCAAUGCCAUAUCGAUUGGGCGAAACGAAACAAGGCGGCUUGGGAAGAAGCUAAAGCCGAAGUUGAGAAUAUUGCGCCACAGCCCUCAGAAGAAUACCCCAGGAGAUCUGAGGACUUUGAAGCCCGAGAGCAGUGA